AAAUACCUAAAUUGCCCCGUCCCUCCUUUUAGUCCUUCUUCUCCCGCAAGAUUUCUCAAAAUUUUAAAAUCACCCGCUGCCUCUCUUUUUUUCCUUCAAGAAUUUCAAAAACCGAAACCCAAAUCUCUUCCUAUAUAAACCCCUCAAUCUCCUCCGUCAAGCGCCAAUUCUCUGUUCUCUUUUCAAAUUUGAAUCCAGCUUCAAUUCAAGAACCACGACAAUGCCUGCAAUCCCCGAAGAGCCACUCCUGGCCCCGAACCCCGACCGCUUCUGCAUGUUCCCAAUCCAAUACCCCCAAAUCUGGGAAAUGUACAAGAAAGCCGAAGCCUCUUUCUGGACCGCCGAAGAGGUUGACCUCUCCCAAGACCUCCGCCACUGGGACUCCCUCACCGACGGCGAGCGCCACUUCAUCACCCACGUCCUCGCCUUCUUUGCCGCCUCCGACGGCAUCGUUCUCGAAAACCUCGCUGCCCGCUUCAUGAAGGAAAUCCAAGCCGCCGAGGCUCGUGCUUUCUACGGCUUCCAGAUCGCCAUCGAGAACAUCCACUCCGAGAUGUACAGUCUCCUCUUGGAAACCUACAUCAAAGACUCCACAGAAAAGAAUCACCUGUUCCGCGCCGUCGAUACCAUCCCCUGUGUCGCCAAGAAGGCCCAAUGGGCCUUGCGCUGGAUCGAUGCCACCGACUCCUUCGCCGAGCGCCUCGUCGCCUUCGCCUGCGUUGAGGGAAUCUUCUUCUCCGGCAGCUUCUGCUCGAUAUUUUGGCUCAAGAAGCGUGGCUUGAUGCCCGGUCUCACCUUCUCCAACGAACUCAUCUCGCGAGAUGAAGGGCUUCACUGCGACUUCGCGUGCCUCUUGUACUCUCUCCUCAGGAAGAAGCUCACCGAGGAACGCGUGAAGGAGAUUGUGCGCGAAGCGGUUGACAUAGAGAGGGAGUUUGUGUGCGACGCGCUUCCUUGUGCGUUGGUGGGGAUGAACGGGGAAUUGAUGAGUCAGUAUAUUGAGUUUGUCGCGGAUCGGCUACUGGGUGCGCUUGGAUGCGGGAAGGUGUACGGUGUUCAGAAUCCCUUUGAUUGGAUGGAGCUUAUAUCUCUCCAGGGGAAAACUAACUUCUUUGAAAAGCGCGUUGGGGACUAUCAGAAGGCUUCUGUUAUGUCUAGCUUGAACGGUAAUGGAGGGGCACAUGUAUUCAAGAUGGACGAGGAUUUUUAACUUUUUAGAAUCUUUGCUAAUUAUUUUGUUAGUAUUUUAACUUCACUCAUUCUAAUACUGCCUGUAUUUCACUGUACCAUAUCUCCAGUUUACAAUAAAGUUGUCGAAUUGAUAAAGAAAAUUGUGUUGUUGGUGCCCAAAAGGAAUUUGAUUCUGUUUCCUUGUCAACUUUUUACUCUGUUGAUUUUUAAUUUUCUUUGAAUUCUUUACCAUGUGAUAGUUAGAGUUUUCUUCUUAGUCUUCUUUACAGUUUUGUUUCAACUCCAAUGAGUGUCUUGGGCUCCUCCAAUUCUAUGUAGAGAUGUAUUGUGGACGGUGGAUAUAUCAUAUUAAUUGAGUCGGUUUAACAAAUAUCCUUUUGUCAGCAGCUACCAUGUUGUAUUUUCUUGAAGUUGUGUCUGGUUUCUUGAAGUGAUAACUGAGAUGUAGGAAGCUCUUGCUGUGGUAACUGCAAUUACAAGACAUAUACGGAGAUUGUUGUCGGUAUAUUUCGGUGUUUAGUUUAUAUCAGAGUCUCAUAUUUCGUAUAAUUAUUUAAUCUGUGUUGUCGUUAGAAUAUCUGUGUAAAUUCAGCUCAGCUGGAAAUUGCAGGGGCAGCAGGAUCACCACCACCAAUGUCAUGUUCGAAUGUGUAUGUCGGUUUGUCUCACAACGCAGCCUAAUUGAAUAUUUAUGUUUUCCUUAUGCAAAAAUUGUCUAAUGCUUUUUAGAGGUUUUUUCAUCAUUAUGUAAAUCAUAAUGAUAUAAAUUUUU